GGGCGGGUGGAGAGGUGGGGACCUUGAUCAGUCACCGGCGUGACCCGAGUCUUCGCCAGUGAGACGUCCGGGGCUGGCUGCGGUCCCUUCCCGCGCGCUGGAUGCCGGGCUUGGAGUCCAAGUUUCCCGCGGGCAGAAACACGGGACCCUGAGCUGUGCCUGGCGCUGCUGAACGGGACGCGGCGUCGCCAGCCCGGGGAUCCCGUCCCGGCCUCAGAGCAGGGCUGCAUGCGCGGUGCGCCACCGUGUCCAGGCGCUCGGGGCCUCAGCGAUGACCGGGGCGUCGCGCUGGCGCGCGUGGGCCCCGUUGGGCAUCCUGGGCUCGUUGGCGCUCAGCCUCCAGCAGCGGCGCGUGGCCCGGGCCGAGUCGCAACCCGCGGAGCGGUGCCCGCUGGAGCUGAAGAUGGUGCAGGUCAUUUACCGACACGGGGCGCGGAGCCCGCUCAAGCUGCUCCCGCACACGGAGCAGUCACAACAGGUGGAUUGGAAUCCCCAGCUACUAGAGGUGCCUCCCCAGACUCAGUUCGAUUACACAGUCACCAACCUGGCCGGUGGGCCCAAACCACCCUCGCCUUAUGACUGCGAGUACAAUAAGACCAUCCUGAAGGGGGGCAUGUGUGCUGGCCAGCUGACCCAAGUGGGCAUGCAGCAGAUGUUCGCCCUGGGGAAGAGACUUCAGAAGAAGUACGUGGAGGAGACCCCCUUCCUCUCGCCGGUCUUCAACCCACCGGAGGUCUUUAUUCGUUCCACUAACAUAUACCGGAACCUGGAGUCUACCCGAUGUUUGCUGGCGGGGCUUUUUCAGCACCAGAAAGGGCCUGCUAUCAUCCACACCGAUGACGCCAGCUCUGAGGUCCUAUACCCCAAUUACGAAAACUGCCAGAGCCUGCGGGAAAGAACCAGAAGCCGGAAGAGGAGCGCCUCUCUGCUGCCAGGGUUCCUGGAGGACUUGGAGAAGGUGAAGAAUGGUUUGGGCAUCACCCAGAGCGACACUGUGGACUUUCUCAGCCUCCUGGAUAAUGUAGCUGCCGAGCAGGCACACAACCUCUCAAGCAGCUCUGUGCUCAGAAGGUUUGCACGGUUGAUCGAGCAGAGAGCUGUGGAUACCGCCUUGUACAUCCUGCACAGCGAGGACAGGAAAGGCCUUCAGAUGGCUGUGGGGCCGUUCCUGCACCUCCUCCAGAGCCACCUGCUGAAGGGCACCAACCCUGCCACCCCACCCGGCGACACCAGGAAGCUGUACCUCUAUGCCACUCAUGAUGUGACGCUCAUCCCACUCCUCAUGGCCCUGGACAUCUAUGACAACAAGUGGCCCCCAUUCGCAGCUGACCUGACACUGGAGCUCUACCAGCACCGGGAGUCCAAGGAGUGGUUUGUGCAGCUGCAUUACUGUGGGGAGGAGCAGGUGCCCAGAGGGUGCUCUCAUGGCCUGUGUCCGCUGGACAAGUUCUUGGGCGCCAUGUCAGCUUACACCCUGAACCCGGACAAAUAUCAUCUGCUCUGUUCUCAGGCCUACGUGAUGGAAAAGGAAAAUGGAGACAGCUGAUUUGGGCAAACGGGAGGGGGUGCUUUUAUUUUAUUUUUUAAAUAAAAUGCCUUUACACAGUG